AUGAAAGUCGCUACUGUCUUGUCGUUGGCUGCUACCGUUGCUCAUGCCAAAGUGUCUGUGGGUGUCUUGCGCUCGCUGGAAACCACGGGGACGUCCGACGUGCUCAUUUCUUUCGUCGGGGCGGACCUUGAGAGCCUCGCGGAAUCCAAGCAUGAAGACCGCCGCCAAGCCGUGUACGACGCCUUGACGGCCCACUCUGCCACGACACGAACGGAGUCCGCUUCGGUGCUGGACUCGGCCGACUGCGAACACUUCUGGAUCGCCCCCGCGGCGAUCUGCCGUGGCUUGACCAAGGAGCAAAUCGACCAAGUGGCUCGCCUUUCCAACGUCAAGAGCGUCGCCUUCCCCGACAAUGUCCAAUUGAUCGAACCUGUGCUGAAUGAGGAGGUGUCCGUUAAAACCGGCGACGUGAACGCGACUGUGCCCCAGUGGGGCGUGAGCACCACUGGUGCUCCAGACAUCUGGAAGUACUACAAAGGCAAGGGUGUGGUCGUGGGGUCCAUCGACACGGGUGCGGAGUACCGCCAUGAAUCGUUGAAGAACAACUGGCGCGCCAACAAGGGGUGGUUCAACCCGUACAACGGCACUCUUUUCCCCCUUCCCGUUGACUCGUCCAGGCACGGCACCCACACCAUCGGCACCAUGGUGGGUAGCCACGGCAUUGGCGUGGCUCCUGAGGCGCAAUGGAUUGCGUGCUUGGGUUUGUAUAUCCGAGAGGGAACGCCUGCAGGGUUGCUCAAGUGCGGCGAGUUCAUGCUGUGCCCCACUCGCUUGGACGGCACCCACCCCGAAUGCAAGCUCGGCGCGGACGUGAUCAACAACUCGUGGGGGUCUAAAAAUGGCUACCUCCCUGUGUACGAAGACAUGGUGACGUCGUGGCUUGCGGCUGGCAUCACCCCCAUCUUCGCGAACGGAAAUUCUGGUCCUAAAUGCGGGACCACUGGCAACCCCGGCAUGUACACGCGCGUCAUUUCGGUGGGCGCCGUCGGGUCCGCACAGAGAGACCCUAACUAUUUGGCUCCCUUCAGCUCCAAGGGUCCCGGCUACCCCCGUGACGCCAACAACCAAACCCUGACGAUCGUCAAGCCGGACAUUUCGGCCCCUGGCUACCCCACGCUCUCCGCAAACUCGAGGGUGUUGGACGGGUAUGUGCACAUGUCUGGCACGUCUAUGGCCGCCCCUCACAUUGCCGGCGUCGUCGCGUUGUUGAAGAGCGCCCAGUCGGACUUGACCUACGACGAGAUCUAUGGCUACUUGACCAAGACCGCCGAUCGCGAAGUGCUCAAGCCUGAGCCUGAGAAAUGGUACUUCCCCAACGGCACCUUCUUUAGUGAUGGCGCGUAUAACUGCGGCAACGUCUCGGACGCGUCUUGGCCCAACAACCGCUACGGAUACGGCCGAGCCAACGUCGGCACCAUCUUGCGCGACGGCAAGCUCAACGACACCCCCCGCCCUGCUUGCUGAGGAACACAUGUCACGUUUGGUCAUCAAGUCGAGUUGUCAGCAGAGCAAUAUUCACAGUAGUAGCGUUUAUCCAGUGAAAUUUACCGGAGUAAUUGUCGUCA